GAGGGCGUAGGUGGGACUUUGAAUGCCAGAAGGCGGCCGUGUGAAGCUGCGUGUGAAGCGUGGCUUGGACGGGUGCCAAGGUUCUGUUCAACGCGUUCCUGCCACGUCCCUCCCAGUCUCACCCAGCCAGCUUGUCUUAUUGGCCGCAAAGCUCACGGAACACUCCGCCAGAGAUCACCUGCAAGUCAUCAGUCCUUGAAAAAACAUAAAAGCGUAACAGGGAACGGGCGGUUCCCCUUCAACACCACACUCUUAAACGGCUCUAGCGCUGUCCGUCCUCCACUCAUACGUCUGCCACUGAUCUCAACCGCUCGCAAAACACCCACCCACAAAAAUGUCAAACAUCCUCCCCGGCGGCUCCGCCCCCACCAGCUUCACCUCCUACGCCCGCAUCGACGCCGCAACCUGGCAAACCGUCAAAGAAACCUCCCGCCAACGUCUCUCAACCCUCAAACCCCUCUCCGAUUUCUUCGACCGCACCCGCCUCUCCCGCCCGCAAUCCAUCGCCCAAUUCUCAUCCCGCUUGAACCACAACCUCACCUACUUCCAAAACAACUACAUCCUCAUCGUACUUAUCAUCACCGCUUACCUCCUCUUCACCAAUAUCUUCCUGUUGGUGACCAUACUGUUCGUGCUGGGCGGGUUCAAGUUCAUUUCAUCUCUCCCGGCGAAUGUGCCGACCAGCAUCUUUCGGGGCAGGUGGACGGUGACGCCUAGUGGGCUGUGGCCGGUGUUUGCGGUGGUUAGUGUGUUGAUGAUCUGGAUCAGUGGGGCGACGGGUACGAUUUUUUAUAUGAUCGCGGUGUGUGCGUUUGUGGUGUGUGCGCAUGCGGGGGUCAUGGAGGUGCCUGUCGAGGCGGGGUUCGCUAAUACUCAGGAGCCGGUAUAAGGGAUUUUGGGAGUGGGGUUGAUCGAUGGAGGGGAUGGAGAUGGAGAUGGGCGACCGUUGGCGAGGGUUGGAGCGGAUGAUGUCUGUUUCGUUCCUCAGAUGUCACUUGGGGACAUCCUCAGAUAUGUUGUGUUUUCUACAUACAUUUUCAAUGGACAUGGGCAUCUUCAUCA